AACAAGCGCCAUGUUGAAGCUAUCAUUGCCUCUCAGGUCCCUCUUGUUCCUGCAACUGCCUCUGCUGGGGGUGGGGCUGAACUCCAAGGUCUUCACACCCAGUGGGAAUGAAGAUACCACAGCUGAUUUUUUCCAGACAUCUAUGGCCUCUGAGCUCCUCAGUGUUUCCACCCUGCCUCUCCCAGGAGUUCAGUGCCUUGUGUUCAAUGUCGAGUACAUGAAUUGCACUUGGAAUAGCAGCUCUGAGCCCCAGCCUACCAACCUGACUCUGCACUAUAGGUAUAUGAACACUGAUAAUGAUAAGUUCCGGGAGUGUGGCCACUACAUGUUCUCAGAAGAGAUCACUUCUGGCUGCUGGUUACAGAAAGAGGAGAUCCAUCUCUACCAAACAUUUGUUGUCCAGCUCCAGGACCCUGCGAAACCCUGGAGGCAGUCUGAACAGAAGCUAAACUUGCAAAAUCUCGUGAUCCCCUGGGCUCCAGAGAAUCUAACACUACGCAAUCUGAGUGAAUCCCAGCUAGAACUGAGCUGGAACAGCAGAUAUGUGGACCACUGUUUGCAACACUUGGUGCAGUACCAGAGUGACCGGGAUCGUGGCUGGACUGAACAAAUAGUGGACCGCAGGUCUACAUUCUCUCUGCCUAGUGUGGAUGGGCAGAAACUGUACACAUUCCGGGUUCGGAGCCGCUUUAACCCACUGUGUGGCAGUGCUCAGCACUGGAGUAAAUGGAGUCAACCAAUUUACUGGGGACACAAUACUGCAAAGGAGAAUCCUUUGGGGUUUGCUCUGCAAGCUGUGCUCAUUCCGGUUGGCUUCAUGGGAUUGAUUAUUACCCUUAUCUUUGUGUAUUGUUGGCUGGAACGGGCAAUGCCUCGCGUUCCCACCAUCAAGAACCUAGAGGAUCUGGUUACUGACUACCACGGAAACUUUUUGGCCUGGAGUGGCAUGUCUAAAGGACUGGCCGAGAGUCUGCAGCCAGACUACAGUGAACGGUUCUGCCACGUCAGUGAGAUUCCCCCCAAAGGAGCUGUCCUAGGAGAAGGGCCUGGAGGCUCCCCUUGCAGCUUGCAUAGCCCCUACUGGACCCCUCCAUGUUAUACUCUGAAGCCUGAAGCCUGAACCUCAGUCCCCUGGUGGAACCCCCAGAGUACUAUAACCCUAAGUAGUGCUAACUUCCCAUCACCCAUCCUGCCAAUCUGAGUCCAGUGCUCAUUUUCACCCCCUCUGGCUAAUUUUGAAUCUUGUGUCCCAUGUAACUACUCUUUCUUUCAGUAUAUUUUACUUGAGAAUUGUCCCUUUGCCCUGUACAAGUUUCUGACCUCCACCCAAAUAUGGCCCUUCCUAUUGUUUUUUGAAAUGGAGUGGAGGGGUGUCUUUCUUUGUUGCUCAGGCUAGCCUAGAACUCACUAUGUAGUCAAGGCUGGCCUUAAACUCAUGGCAGUCUUCCUGCCUCAGCCCCCUGAGGGGCAGCAUUAUAGGCUUGCAUCACAAUGCCUGCUUGGUCCUUCCUUUUUCUAGUAUCUUCCCUCCCUGUUUCUACCUACCCUUCCAGUA